CCGAGGGACACCAGAGCCAAAGCCAGAGGAAAAUCCCUGAUCCAAAUCCUCGGGUGGAUUAGAAGAGCUCAAGAGGAGAAGAACACCCAGGGCAAAUGCCAUAGGAUGACCGCUGCUGGUCCCCUCUUACUGGCUGUGAUAUCGUCUGUCCUGUGGCUCACGCGGGGCUUCGACCCGGCUCCCAGCGCCUGCUCCGCUCUGGCCUCCGGCGUCCUCUACGGCUCCUUCUCCCUCAAGGACCUUUUCCCCACCAUCUCCUCUGGCUGCUCCUGGACCCUGGAGAACCCCGACCCCACCAAGUACUCGCUGUACCUGCGCUUCAACCGGGAGGAGCAGGUCUGCACGCACUUCUCGCCCAUGGUGCUGCCGCUCGAUCACUACUUGGCCAACUACACGUGCGACCCCCGCGGCGAGGCCGCCAGCCCCCCGCCCUCCCGCCGGCGCCCCGAGGCCGAGGAGGAGGAGGAGGAGGAGGAGGAGGAAGCCGAGCUGGAGCUGUGCGAGGCCGCGGGGCCUUUCACCUUCCUCCACUUCGACAAGAACUUUGUGCAGCUGUGCCUGGCGGCCGAGCCCGAGGCGGCGCCUCGCCUGCUGGCCCCCCAGGCGCUGGAGUUCCGCUUCGUCGAGGUGCUGCUCAUCAACAACAACAACUCCAGCCAGUUCACCUGCAGCGUGCUGUGCCGCUGGCUCGAGGAGUGCCUGCAGGCCCCUGGCGCCCGCCGCUGCGGCUUCACCCACGCGGGCUGCAGCUGCCAGGCCGAGAGCGCCCCGGCGCCCCGGCGCAACGGCACCCGGCCCGCGGCCCCGGCGCCCACCGCCCCGACCCCGGCCUGCUGCCCCCCAGACCCGCACCCCGACGGGCAGCACGGCCUGGAGCUGCCCAGGGCCCCGCACGAAAAUGCUGUUGAGGAGAACCAGAAGGUGAAAACCCAGUGGCCACGUUCAGCAGAUGAGCCAGGUGUCUACAUGGCCCAGACAGGGGACCCCGCAGCAGAGGAGUGGUCACAGUGGAGUGUGUGUUCCCUGACGUGUGGGCAGGGCUCCCAGGUGCGGACGCGCUCCUGCGUCUCCUCUCCGUACGGGACGCUGUGCAGUGGGCUGCUGCGGGAGACACGCGCCUGCAACAACACGGCCACCUGCCCAGUUGCCGGUGCGUGGUUGGAGUGGUCCCCGUGGAGCCUGUGCUCGGUGACCUGCGGGCGAGGGGCCAGGACCAGGACGCGGCCGUGCGUGGCCCCGCGGCGCGGAGGGAAACCCUGCGAGGGCCCCGAGCUGCAGGCCAAGCCCUGCAAUAUCGUGAGCUGCCCUGCGGAAGGGCAGUGGCUGGAGUGGGGCGCCUGGAGCCGCUGCUCCGUCACCUGCGCCAACGGCACCCAGCAGCGCACGCGCAGGUGCAGCGUCACGGCCCACGGCUGGGCCGAGUGCCGCGGGGCCCACGCCGACGCCCGGGACUGCUCCAACCCCGCCUGUCCCACUGACAGCAAGUGGGGUCCCUGGAACCACUGGAGCCUCUGCUCCAAGACGUGUGACACGGGCUGGCAGCGGCGCUUCCGCAUGUGCGAGGGCACGGGCGUGCAGGGCUACCCCUGCGAGGGCACCGGCGAGGAGGUGAAGACCUGCAACGAGAAGAAGUGCCCAGCCUACCACGAGAUGUGCAAGGACGAGUACGUCAUGCUGAUGACCUGGAAGAAAACGGCUGCCGGGGAGAUCAUCUACAACAAAUGUCCCCCCAACGCCACGGGGUCCGCCAGCCGCCGGUGCCUGCUGAGCCCCCACGGCGUUGCCUACUGGGGAGUGCCCAGCUUUGCCCGCUGCAUCUCCCACGAGUACCGAUACUUGCAUCUCUCACUGCGGGAGCACCUGGCCAAGGGGCAGCGGGUGCUGGCGGGCGAGGGCAUGUCGCAGGUGGUGAGGAGCCUCCUGGAGCUCAUGGCCCGCAAGAGCUACUACAGCGGGGACCUGCUGUUCUCCGUGGAGAUCCUGCGCAACGUCACCGACACCUUCAAGAGAGCCACCUACAUCCCAUCCUCCGAGGACGUGCAGCGCUUCUUCCAGGUGGUGAGCUACAUGGUGGACGUGGAGAACCGGGACAAGUGGGAGGAUGCCCAGCAGGUCUCACCCGGCUCCGUGCACCUGAUGAAGGUGGUGGAGGACUUCAUCCACCUGGUAGGGGACGCGCUGAAGGCUUUCCAGAGCUCCCUCAUCGUCACCGACAACCUGGUGAUCAGCAUCCAGAGGGAACCCGUCACCGCCGUCUCCAGCGACAUCAACUUCCCCAUGAAGGGGCGGCGGGGUAUGAAGGAUUGGGCCCGCAGCUCCGAGGACAAGCUCUUCAUCCCUAGGGAGGUGCUCAGCCUCGCCUCGGCUGAGUCGGACGAGUCGUCGCACUUUGUCAUCGGGGCCGUGCUGUACCGCACGCUGGGGCUGAUCCUGCCCCCGCCCAGGACCCCUCUGGCCGUCACCUCCAAGGUGCUGAUGGUCACCGUGCGCCCGCCGACCAAACCCGCCGAGCCCCUCGUCCUGGUGGAACUCUCCCACAUCAUCAACGGCACGUCACACCCACAGUGCGUCACUUGGGACUACUCGAGGACAGAUGCUGGCUUGGGAAACUGGGACACGGAGAGCUGCCAAACCCUGGAGACCCUCCCAGCACACACCAAAUGCCAGUGCCGCCAGCUCGCCACCUUCGCCGUCCUCGCCCAGCUGCCCAGAGACCUGGCCAUGGACCCCUCGGGCACCCCGUCGGUGCCGCUGAUGAUCGGCUGUGCCGUGUCCUGCAUGGCCCUGCUGACCCUCCUGGUGAUCUACGCGGCCUUCUGGAGGUUCAUCAAGUCGGAGCGUUCCAUCAUCCUGCUCAACUUCUGCGUCUCCAUCCUGGCCUCCAACAUCCUCAUCCUCGUGGGCCAGUCCCAGAUGCUCAGCAAGGGUGUGUGCACCAUGACAGCUGCCUUCCUCCACUUCUUCUUCCUCUCGUCCUUCUGCUGGGUGCUCACAGAGGCCUGGCAGUCCUACCUGGCGGUGAUCGGCCGGAUCCGGACACGCCUGGUCAGGAAGCGCUUCUUGUGCUUGGGAUGGGGGUUGCCAGCCCUCGUGGUCGCAGUCUCCGUCGGUUUCACACGGACCAAAGGCUACGGGACAGCGAGCUACUGCUGGCUCUCGCUGGAGGGUGGGUUGCUCUACGCCUUCGUGGGACCCGCCGCCGUCAUCGUGCUGGUGAACAUGCUGGUGGGCAUCAUUGUGUUCAACAAGCUCAUGGCCCGCGAUGGCAUUUCAGAUAAGUCCAAAAAGCAGCGAGCUGGGGCAUCGCUGUGGAGCUCCUGCGUGGUCCUGCCUCUGCUGGCGCUGACCUGGAUGUCGGCCGUGCUCGCCAUGACCGACCGGCGCUCCAUCCUCUUCCAGGUCCUCUUCGCCGUCUUCAACUCCGUCCAGGGCUUCGUCAUCAUCACGGUGCACGGCUUCCUGCGCAGAGAGGUCCAGGACGUGGUGAAGUGUCAGAUGGGGGGGUGCAGGAGCGAGGAGAAUGAAAACUCACCCGACUCCUGCAAGAACGGGCAGGUGCAGAUCCUGACAGACUUUGAAAAGGACGUUGACCUGGCGUGUCAGACAGUGCUCUUCAAGGAGGUGAACACCUGCAACCCCGCCACCAUCACGGGCACCUUGUCCCGUAUCUCCCUGGACGGAGACGAAGACCCCAAGCUCAACACCACCUCAGAAAGCGGCCUGGGCUUCUCCAGCCUGCCGGGAAACAUCCCUCCGGCCAGCAUCCUGGUCCAGGUCCCCAAGAUGCCACCCAACGUGGUGGCGGGCCUGAGCGAGCUGGCCGAGCCUCCGGCGCAGCCCCUGGGGCUGGAAGCUCCGGCGCCCGUCUACCUGUGCACGGAGAGCAGCCUGAGGCCCCUGGACUACGGCUGGCUGCGGGCCCCCGAGCCCCCCCGCGAGAGCGACUACAUGCUGCUGCCCCGGCGCAGCGGCAGCCUCAAACCCUUCCCGAGGGACGAGGGCGGCCGCGGCCCCGGUGCCGAGGAGGCGCUGCCCGGCGGGACGGGGCGGCCGGCGGCCGAGGGCGAUGCCUACCCGGGCUUCGUGGCGCUGGAUCACGUCAAUGUGAACUUGAGCCAAGCCUACGGGACGGUGAAGGGCCCGUCCUACAGCCUCCAGUUCAAGCAGCACCCCACGGUGAGGCAGAUCUUGGCCUCGGAGCUGUCGGAGCGCAGCCGCACCAUGCCCCGCACCGUGCCCGGCUCUGCCAUGAAAGUGGGGUCCCUGGAGAGGAAGAGGUUGCGAUAUUCCGACCUGGACUUCGAGAAGGUGAUGCACACACGGAAGCGUCACUCUGAGCUCUACCACGAGCUCAACCAGAAGUUUCACACACUGGACCGGUACCGGGCACCGGCCGCCGGUUCCUCCAAGCGAGAGAAGCGAUGGAGCGUCUCGUCGGGCGGGGGGGAGAAGAGCACGACCCCUGACGCGGCCGCCCCCGAGAAGCCGCCGGCGCCGCCGAAGCCGUGGAGCACGUUCAAGGCGCUGACGUUGGGGUCUCUGCCCAGCGCCCACCGGGAGCGGCUGGAGCUGCGCUGCGCCGACUGGGAGGGUCCGUGCGCCGCUCUGGAUGCGCCCGACGGCGACUUCCAGACGGAGGUGUGACCCUCCCCUCCCCGGCCCCCGCCCCCAGCGCUGCCCAGGGCCGGGCUCGUUGGCUUCGCUCCAUCCCUCUGGGCGGCCGCGGGGGUCCCGGACUCAUCCCCGGGGGAGGGGCCGCGCUCCCCCCGCCCCGUCUCCUCCCAGCUCCGCAGCCGCCCCCCGCCCGUCUCCGCCGCGGUUUCUCCUCCCCGUCACCCUCCGGACACGGGGCUGGGGGUGAGGGACACACGGACACACACACACACACACGCGCUCCCUCCCGCCCCGCUCCACGCUCACUCCCCACCCUCCGAUCCCGCCCGCACCCCCCGGGGCAGGAUCAGCCGUCGAGGCCGUCGGAUCUUUGUUCUUUUCUACCGGGAUGUUCCUCACGCAGUGCACCGUGUGCACGCCAGCGGCCGGGCUGCCCUCGCCCGCCGCCCCUUCCCCCCGGGGGUCCGUGGCCGCCCCCCCCCAGCCCUCCCCACCGUC